GCAUGCUUCUGAACUCAGAGCAGAGCCGCAGAGAGACGAGACGGGGCUGCCAGGACUCAGCGGCUGCCUUUUCUCUUAAAAACUUGCUUUUAUUUUUUAUUUUUUUUAUUUAUUUAUUUUUUUUAAUUUAAAAAAAAAAAAAAAACAAAAAAAACGCAAACGGCUUUACAAUCAUAUGUAUUUUAAAAUGAGCACAGAUUGAGCACGUUCACUGCCUGCUCUCUCUGCGUGCUUGUUUUGGGACUUGACAAGGGACCGGGCUGCCGAGUUGGAAUACAGAUCAAGAAUCGGAGGGAAUGUACGACUCGUGAUAUUAUUAUUAUUAUUAUUAUUAUUAUUAUUAUUAUUAUUGCAGUUCCAGAUGAACGUUUCUCCUUGCGGAUAUACGGAAAGUAACAACGACGAAGGUUGCAUCUGUAACGGCAAGAUCAACAGCGCCGACUCCUUCUUCUCUCCCGGGAAAGAUCUCAAGAAAUCGGCUCCGGUUUCUCCGCUGUUUCCGCAGGAUCCCGUCAGACAGGCGAAGCGCCUGCCGAUCCGGGUUUUGAAGAUGCUGAGUGCGCAUACCGGACACUUACUGCACCCGGAGUACCUACAGCCGCUGACAUCCGCCCCGAUCAGCAUUGAGUUGGAUGCUAAGAAGAGUCCGCUGGCCCUGCUGGCGCAGACCUGCUCCCAGAUCGGCAAGCCGGACCCUCCGCCUUCCUCCAAGCUAAACUCGGUGACUUCCAGCGGCGUCAGCGACAAGGACUCUGCUAACAACAGCAGACCGUCCCAUUCCAGCUCGAAACACGGCGCCGGCGACCACCACCAGACCGUCGACGACAAGUCAAGCUUCAAACCUUACGCCAAAGCCGGGGGGGAGUCGAGGAAGGACGGUGCGAACUCGGGGAACGGAGACGGCAGCAAAGCGAGCUACCGGCUGCCCGGCGGCGCCUGCCCGGCUUUCCCCCCGCACUCCUCCCCGAAUUCCAGAGCCUGCUCCCCGCCGCAGAAGCAGCAAGGACACACGCCACACGAAGCGAAACAGGGCGGCGAUUUAAUCAGCCAGGAUAAAAAGGACCAGCAGGAACUCUCCGGCUCUGCGGAAGCCCAGCUGGCAAACUCCAGCCACGCCCGGGCCAGCGCCAACUCCAGCAACGCCAGCUCCCAGUGCAGCCCGCACCACGGCGGCAGCGACGCGGGGAAAGCGGAGCCGCCGCAGCCGCAGCAGCAGCACGGGCACGCCGCGUUGGGCUCCGGCCACGUCGCGCCGGUGUCGCCUUACAAACCGGGCCACUCCGUGUACCCGCUACCGCCUUCCAGCAUGGGAUACCACGGCUCCAUCGUCGGCGCCUACGCCGGCUACCCUACACAUUACGGUUUGGAUCAUGCCAAGUCCAGCCUGGUCGGGGGGCAGCUCGGGGUGCCUGGAAAACACCCGAGCUCCAGCCCACUGACGGGCGCCUCACCCCCUUCUUUCAUGCAAGGAUUAUGCCGGGACCCUUACUGUCUGACGUACCCCAACGCGCCCCACCUGGGGGGCAGCAACUGCGCCUCCUGCGUGCACGACCACUCCUCCACGCUGAAAUCGGGGUACCCCCUGGUGUACCCCACCCACCCUUUGCACUCCCUCCACGCCUCCCCCCUCACCUCCAGCGCUACCCCCACCCUCUCGGGGCACCCGCUCUACACCUACGGCUUCAUGCUGCAGAACGACCCGGCGCCGCACAUAUGCAACUGGGUGUCGGCCAGCGGACCGUGCGAUAAGCGCUUCGCCUCUUCCGAGGAGCUGCUGGCGCACCUCCGAACCCACACAGCCCUCCCCGGGGCGGACAAGCUGCUGGCGGGGUACCCCGGUGCCUCGUGUCACCUCCACCUCCCUUCCACGAGCCCGGGUAGCCCGACCGCUUUACCCGGUACCUUCUCUUUGAGAAGCCCGCACAGCCUGGGACUGAGCCGGUACCACCCUUACAGCAAGAGCCAUCUGCCCGCCAGCGGGCUGCCUGUGCACACGCUGCAGACCGCGCCUUACUACUCUCCCUACGCCCUCUACAGCCAGAGGCUGACGUCGGCUUCUGCGUUAGGUUAUCAGUAGCAUUAUAAAGUAGUGUUUUAUUUUAUUAUUAUUAUUAUUAUUAUUAUACACAAAGCAACAAGACUUGCAACAAAAUGUAUGAUUUAUCCUUUCAAUCUUUCUUUCUUUCUUUCGUUCCUGGGACUGUGUUUUAUUUACUGUAUGUUAGCCUGAAAGCUGGGACUCUAUAGCAGCAACAAAAAAAAAAAUAAAAAAAAAAAAAAAAACAUUUUAAAACAUCAUAAAUCAAUAAAGCAUUUUUUCACUCAAGUCACACCAGGCGCGCUAUAUAUAAUAUAUGCAAUUGUCGAAAAAAAAACAAACAACCAAACCUCGCGAUAGCGAGAAACUUUCUUACAGAAAUAAUUCUUCAUCUUUUACCCUGCAUGGUCUGUCUGUGACUUCAAAGAAUACAUAAUUGUUUUUUUAAUUAUUAUUAUAAUUGGUUUGGAAUUCCAUUGAUUUUUAAUUUGUACAGCUGAAAGA